CUAGAAAUCGAGAUCCCUCAGGCCUUUGCCCGAGACCCCUCGCCCAGCUCCUUACUUGGAACGGGCGGGCAAGCAAAUAACUCCAUCAGGUGCAGCCUGCUGGUCCAGACCAACUUCCAACCAUUUUGAUGCCCUCACUUGAGUCACAGGCUCGCGUUGCCCAGCCCAACAAUAUUAACCUCUUUGGUGGCUCGUUAAAUGGGACAAAACUAUGUUCUAAUAGCUCGAUAUGGGGAUAGAACAAGUUAAGAGAGCAUUCCCCAUCGUUGCUCUUAUCAAACCCUAAGAAAACCCUUUUGCCCAAACUCGAAUUUUUCCAAUCUUUAGGGCUUUCAAGAACUGAAGUUGCUGACCUUGUUGCUUCGGCCCCUUUUCUGUUACGCUAUAGCUUGAAAAACAGCCUCAUCCCAGCUCUUGAUUUCCUCAAAAGAGUUGUUCUUCUUGACAAAAGGGGUGUCUUUGCUUUGAUGCUCCGGCCUCGAUUUUUCUGGAUUCAUGUGGAUAAAAAUGCUAUCCCCAAUGUGGCAUUGUUGGGAGAACUUGGUGUGCCUCAAUCCUGUAUCUCUUUAUUCGUAAGUGGGAAUCCUUCUGUGGUGGCUGGAAACAAAGACAAGUUUAAUCUGUGUGCAAGAAAGGCGAUUGAAAUGGGAUUUGAUCCUUCGAAAGUGACAUUUGUCGAUGCAAUUUGUGUGCUUUUUGGCAUGAGUAAAUCAGCUUGGGAACGUAAAGUGGAAGUCUAUAAGAGAUGGGGUUUGUCUGACGAUGACAUUCACUUGGCAUUCAAGAAGUUCCCCAAAUGUAUGAUUCUGUCCGAGAAGAAAAUUACGAGUGGGAUGGAUUUCCUUGUGAAUGAGAUCGGUUUCGAACCUAUAACUAUUGCUAGAACUCCAAAAACUCUUGGUUACAGUUUGGAGAAGAGGAUCAUUCCCAGAUGUUCCGUCAUCAGGGUUCUGUCGUUGAAUGGCUUGAUAAAGAAGGAAAAAGGUUUAAGUGCUAUCAUUUCAACGAGUGAGGAGCGCUUGUUGGAUGCCUUCGUUACCAAACAUCAGGAUCAAGUUCCUCAACUGUUGAAUGUUUAUCAAAAGAAAACUGAUGUUCCAGAAUUAGGAAUUGGAAAUGAGGGAAUUGAAGAUGGUGAGCGUAUAAAAAAGACGGUUAUUCAUGGUGAGGGCUCCAUGGUGAGUACUGGCGGGGGAGUUUUGAGUCGAUGCUCUGACAAGCCAGUUUAUUGGUCUUCUUUAUUCAUUCUUCCCAAGAAGAUUAUUAGAGCCAUUGAAACCCUUUUUAGGUCUUUCUUUUGGUCUGGCUGUGAGUUUAGAACCCAUGGGGCUAAAGUUUCUUGGGAGAAUAUCUGUUACCCUAAGAAUGAGGGGGGUUUGGGGUUUAAAUCUUUAGAAAUCUGGAACAAAGCUACCAUUGCCAAGCAUAUUUGGUUUCUCUUUUCUGGGGGUGAGCAAUCCAUGUGGUGUCAAUGAGUCAAAUCUUACUUGCUUAAACGCAAGAGCUUUUGGAGGGUAAAAAUGCCUAGUGCUCCAUCUUGGGUUUUCAGGAAAAUUCUUUCCCUUAGACCUAUCAUUUACCCUUUGAUUCAGCAUUGUGCUGGGGAUGGGGAGAAGAUUUUCUUGUGGUUUGAUAACUGGCUUCCCCUUGGAUCUCUGUGGGCUAAAUUUGGGGACCGUAUUAUUUUUGACUCUACCCUUGGCAUGGAGUCUAAGGUCAAAGAUAUUGUGGGUGUUUGGGAAGUAGCUUUUUUUUUUUAUUUUUUGGUUUUUUGGCUAUUUUAGUAGGCUAUUUUAGUUUUUAUGUUUGGGAAGUUGGGUCAAAUUUUUGGGUUGAUUGUUGUAUUAAAAAAUGUGUUUGAAAUGAUGUUUAAGAUUGAAAUGACAGAUUUGCCCCUAACCUUAUUUUUUCCAAAAUUGAGUUAUAGGGGUAAAAUGGUCAUUUAUCUGUUUGCAGCCUACACUGUUGGUGACAGUGUAGGCUAACAGCCGCUACUUUUCAAAUUUUUUUUUUUUUUUUGAAUUAGGCGGGACAAUUUGAGGCUUUUGGGCUUUUUUUAUAAUUUGAGGCUAAAAUAGCCUAUUUCAAAGGUUCCCAAACACCCCCAUUGUUGAUAAUACUAGUUGGAGAUGGCCUGUUGCUUCUUCUUGGGAAUUAAGGGAAUUGAUUGAGAGCACUCCUUUUACCCUCCAUCCCAAUAAUGGCCUAGAUUCUGUCAGAUGGCUUCCCUCCUCUGAUGGGAAAUUUUCUGUCACUUCAACUUGGAAUUAUUUGAGAAAGUCUGGGGAUAGAAUGUCCUGGGCUGCCAUUCUUUGGGGCCCUCAUAAUAUCCCUAAGGCUAGUUUUGUAACUUGGAUGGCAAUCCUUGGUAGAUUGAAUACUAGGGAUAGACUAAGAUUGUUUGGCAUUUCUCAAUCUACUGAAUGUGUGCUUUGUAAGGACUCUUGUGAAAAUCACAAUCAUCUGUUUUUUGAUUACCCUUUCUCUUCUAGAAUGUGGACCUGUAUUCAAUCUAAGUUGAAUG